GGUGAAUGAUGUAAAGGAAAAAUAUACAAAUUCAAAAACAAAAAUUGAAGUGGUGGGAAGUCUAUGUUUCUUCAACUGGUAAGGCAUUAAUCCAAGUCCCACAGGUAUGACUUCAAGCCCGUCCAGGUCCCAUGGUUUCUUGCCUACAAAUUUGUUUUGUUAGGACUUGAUAUCAACAAAACACAUUUUCUGAGAGUCAGGGAACAAAAUCCUGAGGAGUCCCCUGAACCGAACUGGGAAGCCAGGCCUUCAUUCAACAGCACCCUGCAAAUACAUGCAUAGUCAGCAAUGCAGAAACAUGCUGAUUGCAUACACACAGGGAUACACAAAUCACUGUACACACACACAAUACAUGUAGCUAGUCACGUACAGUCACAGGAGUGCAUACGAGGUAUGACUAUAGAAAUUGGCUUUGGAAACACUUUUGUGUUGGGAUGUGUGUAUGUGCACUGACCAUGCAUGCAUACACUGUAGCACGUUGGAACGAGGCACAGCAUGCAUGUGUCUAGGUAGUCAUACCUGGUUGCAGCAAAGAUAACUUCCUGGUUAUGUGUUCAACUUCAAGCCUGCAUCUUCAACUAAAUUAGAUGUUGCCUGCAUGCUCUUUAGACAUUAAUUUGAUCUGAUCGUGUGACUAAUCUAUAGUAUGAUUGUUGGAUCCCUGGUUAUAACUCUGCAGGCUAGUGACUCUUUAAUCAGCUUUGAGGGUGUAUAAUGUGUACAUACAAACAGUAGCUGAACUAUAGUCAGGAUAGUGCUAACACGAUGACUCAUGUACUCAGAUAUCUUUUGAUAUUUGGUGAGCGCAAGAAGAAAGUGGAGUUCUCAGUGACCAAGGGGGUUGAGAAUGUGAAGGUAAUGACAUUGAGGCAAGAAGCCAUGGAACUUUUCAACCUCAAGAACGUCCUCCUCCAGAUCUGGGACAAGGGUUUCGAAGACUGGGUCGACCUUGAUGAGGGGGACCCCACUCCCACCAACAGCAGGGUCAAAGUCGAGGUCGACAAGGAAGCCAUCAAAAGUGCGUUGGACAUCAGUAUAGCCAAUAGGACGCCGUCCAAGCCAGCCACGGUCAAUCCUACAUGUACCUCGUUGGUUGGGACUCCUAAGCCUAUUAAGCCUAAGGGAUCGGAACCACCGAAGGUCCAAGUUCUGUCCUCCUAUCCGAUGGUGACCUUGACAAAAGGUGCACCAACCGCAAAGGCUCUACCUGCAUUGGCUCUUAUCAAACAACCUCAGGCUCCGGGAAAGCCUCGCAGGAUACUGCCUGUUGCUCAAGUAAGAAUAUCCCAAACUCCUGUACGAACUUCCGAAGCUCCUGUGAGAACGCCCCAAGCUCCUGUACGAACGUCCCAAACUCCUGUAAGAACCGCCCAAGCUCCUGUGAGAACAUCUGAAGCUCCUGUAAGAACGUCCCCAGCUCCUGUAAGAGCACCCCAAGCUCCUGGAAGAACGUCUCAAGCUCCCGGAAAAGCGUCCUCAUCGUCUGCGGGCGAAACAAUGGGAGCGAGACAAGAUGUCAAGGAUGAUAGCUAUGUUCCGACUUGCACCUGCUGUCAUCAGCCCUACCCAACAGUCCCUUCACAUUCAGAAGAUAGGCCGGUCGUUGACUACAUCCAGCAGUCUUUCUCCUUGCCUUCAAGAAUUCCUGAUAGGACCCUACCCCCAUCGCAGGAAGAUGCACCCUCCCGAAGGACCACUUUGCAUCCGCAAAACACACCAGUCAUGGACGUUGUGCAGCAGUCCUUACCAGUGCAAUACUUGCAGAGUUCAAGAGUGUCAGAAAGGAGGUCUGUGCUCCAAUCCCAGGAGAAUGUGUCUUACCAGAUGACCUCUUCAGAGUCUCAAAACAAACUAGCCAUGGAGACUGCACACUGUGCACAGCAUUCUUUUCCUGCACCGUACAUUCAUACCUCAAGGAUUACAGAACGAAUCUUAACUGCUUGUCAAGACGUUGCGCCUCACCCACAAACGACCCCUUCACCUGCGCCAAACCCACCUGAAGCCCAGGAGUCCUGUCCCUCUAUGCCUUUGUCCAAGACUUCAAGGAUUCAAGAGAAGACCUUGCCCGGCCAUUCUCAAAACCAAUCACUCCUCCAAGCAACCACAGGUCAUUCACAAAGCAAACCAGAGGUACAAGUUGCCCAAGAAGCAUGUUCUGCAAAGCCAUACACACAGACUAUAAAGGUUUCACAAAGGAACUUACCCCCCUCCCAAGACGAUGCUCCUCUUCCUCCUACCGUCUUUGAAGAUGAGUUACCUACCACAGAACAAGAGGAGGAGGAGCAGAUGGAAGAAGGCAACCACCCUCCCAUACUGGACAAUGAUAGACUGUUACUCAGUGAUUAUAAACUGCCACAGUUCCAUCCUGAUGUCGUUUACAAACUUGACUAUGGCAUACCUAUAGAUGCCAAGGACAGGUCCAAUCUCCUGGAUUCACUCUAUGAAAGUGUUGUUCCAUACACGUAUUACCCAACCACAUCAGACUAUACCUACUUGACCAGGAUAUUCUUGGAGCGGUAUCCACAGCUUUUUCACCAGGCUGGCUCCAUCCGAGACUGUCCGGACGAUUGGGAGGUGUGGAGGCAGAAAGUGAUGCACAAGUUCAAGAACAAACGGAAGCGGCAAGAUAGAGAUGCUCCUGGCGUACGAAAGCACAAGCGCAUGAAUUGCUUUAAGCACUCUGAAGGGCUGGACGAACUCCAGAGUGCCGCUGGGCACACUACACAUGAUAGAGGACACAAUGUGGACAUCGAUUGUCCUGGUGAUGUCGAUGAGGUCUUUGAAGUGGUGGAUGAUGAUCAGGAUGUGGUGAUCAAGGAUGAAGACUCGAUGUACCAUGUGAUGGCUGCAGACACCACUAAUCUGUGUGAAACAACAGGUAUGGGAGUUGCCCAGGAACCUCUCACUUCACCUUCAACCUCACAGAGUCCAAGGAUUCCAGAAAGGACUUUUCAUUCUUUCCAAGUUCACCUACCCCAACAAUUAAACCCUUUGCAAUCACAAAACAAUCUUGUCAUGGAGUGUGUCCAGGAGCAUUUGUCUUCGCCGCGACACGUGCAGAAUUCAAGGACUCUAGAUGGAAGAUUCCCCUCAUCUCAAGAUAAUAUGUCUUUUAAACAGACCACUCCACAUCUGCAAAGUAAACCAGUCAUGGGAGUCGUCCAGGAUUCUAGUUCAGCAAGGUCAUACGGGCAGGCUUCAAGGUUUCCAGAGAGAAGCUUGCCACAGUCUCAAGACGGCCACUCUCAAGACAAUGCUCCCAACCAACAGACAAUUCCUUCUUCACAAAACCAACCAGUCAUGGAAGAGGAACAGGACUCUGGUUCCUCAUCCUGGCAUGGAGAGACAUCAAAGAUUCCAGGAAGUUUCUUGCUCUCCUCCCAAGACCAUGACCAUAUUGACCGGGACUUACAAUCCAGCAGUGGCCAAGAGCAGAGGUUGAUGGAAGUCCAACGUGUCCAUAGUCCUACCUCCUAUGAUCCUGAUAAACCAUCUCUCUAUGAUUAUAAACUGCCAGAGUUUCAUGCUGAUACCCUUCAGAAGCUUGAGAAUGGUAUAACUAUAGACGCCAAGGAUAGAUCCACUCUUUUGGAUACACUCUAUGAAAGUGUUGUUCCAUACACAUAUUACCCAUCCGCUGCAGACUACAUCUAUUUGACCAACGUCUUCUUGGAACAGUACCCGCAGCUGCUCCACCAGGCUGGUCCCAUCCGAGAUUGUCCUGAUAACUGGGAGGCAUGGAGACAGAAAUUGAUGCACAAAUUUAAGAACAGACGGAAGCGCCAGGACAGAGAUGCUCCAGCAGUAAGAGAACAUACCCGUAAGAACUGCAGAUAUUUUGAGGGACUGGACGAACUCCAAGUUGCCAGUGGGCAAUCUCUGGAUGGCAGGAGAGACCGAGCGGACAUUGAUAGUCCUGGUGAGGCCGAUGAGGAUGAUGUCUUUGAAGUGAUGGAUGAUGUUGAGGAUAUUGUGAUUAAAGAAGAAGACUCCAUGUAUCAUGUGAUGGCUGCAGACACAACCGAUCUUGGUGACACACCAAUCAAGGGAGCCAUCCAGGAUUCUGUCUCUUCGUCUCCCUCCAUCAAUAGUUCAGAGAGGAAUUUACCUGGCUCACAAGAUUAUCCUCCUGACCGACUAACCACUUCACAUUUACAGAACAAACCAAUCAAGGAAGUGGCCCAAGAGUCUUGCUCCUCGCAGCCAUACAUGCAGAUGUCAAGACUGCCAGAGAGGACCUUGUCAUCCUCCCAAGCAGUUGAUCUUCCUUCCACGGUUGAAGAGUACUCAUCUUCCAGCUCGGGCGAGAGAGAGAAGCAGAUGGAAACCCACCACAUGAAGAGUGCUCCAGCCUUGGAACCGGGAAGGUUGUCACUCUACGAUUAUGAACUCCCUAAGUUUCAUCACAGCAUCCUUCAGAAGCUGGAGCAUGGUAUACCAAUAGAAGCGAAAGACAGAUCCAAUCUCCUGGACAGACUCUAUGAGAGUAUCGUGCCAUACACCUUUUACCCAUCUGCAUCGGACUACAUCUACUUUACCAAGACAUUCUUGGAACAGUAUCCGCAGCUUCUCCCCCAGGCUGGCCCCAUCCGAGACUGUCCAGACAACUUGGAGGCAUGGAGACAGAAACUGAUGCACAAAUUCAAGAACAAACGGAAGCGUCAGGACAGAGACGCUCCUGCUGUACAAGAACAUACCCGCAAGAACUUCAGGUACUUUGAAGGAAUGGACGAACUCCAGAAUGCCAGUGGACAAUCACUGGAUGACAGAAGAGACCGAGGGGACAUCGAUAGUCCUGGUGAGGCCGAUGAAGAUGAUGUCUUUGAGGUGCUGGAUGAUGUCGAGGGCAUCGUGAUCAAAGAAGAGGACUCUGUGUACCAUGUGAUGGCUGCAGACACAACUAAUCUUGGUGACACUUGAGAGCAGUAAUUGUGACUGUUCAAUUUAGAUGAUGAAUAAGACUUCAAGUCGCAGCCACCGAGGCAUCAUGAUGACCCCUGACCCCACCAAUCUGUAUGACAUUGAAGACCUGUCAAGACAUUUGAUAUCCAUAUUAUACCAGGACAACGAGGCAGAGGCAUCAUGUGAUGGCCGCAGACACUACUGAUUUAAUAGUUGUCAAAUGUCAAUACCAUUGGUCAUCAAAAAAAGGGGAAGACAUUAUGGUUGCUACCAGUGAAAAAAUACACGGAGGCUCUGGGCGAAUUUGCUCCCAAAAUGCCCAAAAGAGCCCCCGUAAAU